GUCGUGGACGAGGAUGAAGAUGAUCUGCCCUUCGCCUCCGUUCUCGUCCCCUCUGCACCGCCCGCCCUGGGCAGCGACGGGGAAUCGGAGACUGAGGCUCCGACGGACACCCGGCACAAUCCCACCGUGCCUCUGGGGACGAGGAAGGCGGAG